AUGCUAGUGGGCUCCUCCGCCUCCGACCUCAACGAUUCCUUCCUGUUCCCGAACAGCUCGGCCUGCACCGCAGGGCUGUGGUGCGCCAAUGUCUCGGAGCCCCAGAGCCCACCACGCUUGGUGGAUGCAUGGCUGGUGCCCCUCUUCUUCGCCGUGCUGAUGUUGGUGGGUGUGGCGGGCAACUCCCUCGUGAUCUACGUCAUCGCCAAGCACAAGCAGAUGAGGACGGUGACCAAUUUCUACAUUGCGAACCUGGCCGUCACGGAUAUCAUUUUCCUGGUCUGCUGUGUACCGUUCACGGCUGUCCUUUAUCCUCUUCCGGGCUGGAUAUUUGGGGAGUUUAUGUGCAAAUUUGUCAAUUACAUCCAACAGGUCUCUGUGCAAGCCACGUGCAUCACCCUGACCGCCAUGAGUGUGGACCGUUGGUACGUGACUGUCUUUCCCCUUCGGGCCCUGCGGCAGCGCACCCCCUUCGUGGCGGCCACCGUCAGUGUCAGCAUCUGGGCUGGUUCUUUCGCCAUCUCCACUCCGGUUUUGGUCUACAACCAGCUGACGGAAGGCUACUGGUUCGGCCCGCGGACCUACUGCAGCGAGAGCUUCCCGUCCGUCAUCCACCAGACGGCCUUCAUCCUAUACAAUUUCCUCGUGGUUUACCUUCUCCCCUUGCUGACCAUCCUCCUUUGCUACACCGCCAUGCUGUACCAGAUGGGGAGACCCACGGUGGAGGCUUCUGACAACCAAUGCCAGGUCCGGCAGCUGGCCGAGCGCUCGGAAGCCAUGCGGGGCAAGAUAUCGCGCAUGGUGGGCACCAUCGUGGUUCUCUUCGCCAUCUGCUGGGGCCCAAUGCAGCUGCUGAUCCUCGCUCAGGCCUUUGGCAGCGGCUUCCGGCGCAACUAUUACACCUACAAGCUGAAGAUCUGGGCGCACUGCAUGUCGUACGCCAGCUCCUCCCUCAACCCCAUCGUCUACGCCUUCAUGGGGGCCAAUUUCCAGAGGGCUUUCCGGAAAGUCUGCCCCUUCCCCGCGAAGCGCCGGGUGGGCAGCUGCGAGGCGGCCGGCCGGCCCGGCGCCAACGUGGAGAUGCAGUUUGUCUCUUCGGGGAUGUAGGGCCUUCUCUGCGGUGUCCCCGAUUCGAAGGGUCUUUUGCAGGAGCAAAAGCGAGCCAGGUGGCGUUGGGCUUUCCUUUCCCUUGUUCUCUGCGCAGCUGGGCUCGCUCGCUCGAGUCGCCUGGGGCGGUUUCCGCGCCGUUGCUGCUCUGAAGAUGCCCCGGCCCGACAAGGAAACACCCGGGAUCGGGGCGAGGAAAGGACGGGGAAGGAUGUUGCCAGAGAGGGACGCGAGGGGGGCUAUUUUGCAGCCGAGGGCCGCUUCCCCUGCCUGCCAAAGCUCCCGGGGGCCACAUGCUAGCAAUGGGUGGAGCCAGUGGGGAUGAGUGGGCAAUGGAUUUGAAUAUUCGCUUCUGUACUAGGUCCUACACCAUCGUUGGAGUUCAAGGCCAACACAGGCAAGAAUGGGGGGGGGUGUCACCUGGGGACAGAUAGCGAAGGCCAUGGCGUGCCAGGGGGGUCCCUGAGGUCUCC